AUGUCUACUCAGAAGGCAGUCAUUGUUACUCAACCGAAGACCGCCGGCUUGGUCAGUGACCGUGCUAUUCCCAAGCUCCGCGAUGAUUACGUCCUCGUCAAGACCGUCAGCGUGGGUUUAAACCCCACUGACUGGAAGCACGUCGACUUCCUCUCGCCGCCCGGGGUACUUUUAGGAUGUGAUUACUCUGGUAUUGUUGAGGCCGUUGGCAAAGAUGUCAAGCUACCCUGGAAGAAAGGUGACCGUAUCUGCGGUUCCGCCCACGGGGGUAAUGCCGUCCAACCCGAAGAUGGCACUUUCGCCGAGUACAUUGUUGUCAAGGGCGAUGUGCAGCUCCGAAUCCCCGAACAUCUUAGUUUCCAGGAAGCUGCCGUGCUCGGAGUAGGCAUCCAGACUAUCGGCCAGUCUCUAUAUCAAUACUUAGGGCUGGCUCCACCGACCCAACCUAUCCAAGAUGCGACUCCGAUUCUUAUCUAUGGUGGUUCUACCGCUACGGGAACCCUGGCCAUCCAGUUCGCCAAGCUCUCUGGUUACCGGGUGCUCACCACCUGCUCACCACACAACUUCGACCUCGUCCGUGGCCUCGGCGCCGACGCUGUCUUUGAUUACAACGACCCAGAGUCCGCCGCUCAGAUUCGCCAGCAGACAAACAACAACCUAAAGCUAGUCUUGGACUGUAUCUCUCUUCCUUCGAGUGUUGAGUUCAAUGACAAGGCACUUUCAACCGAGGGCGGCGAGUACCUCUCACUCUUGCCCGUGAAAAUCGAUCGCGCGAACGUCAACAGUCGCGCCGUCCUAGUCUACAGCGCCCUCGGCGAGGCUUUCAAUUUUGGCAACAUGGCUUUCCCCGCUAAGCCGGAGGAUUUCGAGCACGCCAAGAAGUUCACUCAGGCGGCUCAGGCUCUUUUGGAUCUGGGCAAAAUCAAAGUUCAUCCCCCGAAGGUUGGAAAGGAUGGUCUACGUGGUGUCUUGGAAGGACUAGAGCUGCUCAGGACCAACAAAGUGAGUGGUGCAAAACUGGUUUAUAAUAUUGCGGAGACCCCUUAGUUAGUGGCACAGAUCGACAUAUCUUUCAAGUGUGUAGUGAAAGAACCCAUUUUUUUUGCCA